AGUGAAGCAGUUUUUUUGUUGUUUUGCAGGUCUGUAAGGAUGUUGAGCUGUCUCUGUGAUUCAGCUGCUGUGACUGUGGCGUUCAGGGCUGCUGAAUACUAAAAUAGACUACAGGCCAACACAAGAGCUCUUCUCAGGAAACACAGACCCAGUCAGAGCUUCCAAAGCUCCUCAUCACCGCAGCCCUUUUGGGGUUGCUAUGGCAGCUGCUGUCACCGAGACCAAGUGCCGGACACAGGCUUGCCUCAGUAAGGCAGGACAGACCACUAGUCAUUGCCGCUCUUGGCCAGAGUUCCUGUGCGGCAGCAGAGCCAGUACUGUUCCUUCUGUUAGACCAUGUUCCACCAGCAGGACCAUCUGAAGAGCCAGCUGCAGGAGAGCCACGCAGCCAGCAGGCAGCUCUUCCACUGCCAGGAGUGUGGGAAGCAGUACAACACCCAGCUGGGCUAUAGACGCCACCUAGUGGCGGCCCACAGUGCUGCAGCGGGCCUGCCCUGCCCAGAGGGGACACCCUCCUUGCUGGAGCACCUGGGCAGCCAUAUCGACAGGCCUCCGCCGUCUGAGGGAAACACUAAUGCUGCCGUACCAGUCAGAGAGAGGAAGUACUCAUGUGAGAGAUGCGACCGCCGUUUUUAUACUCGUAAGGAUGUACGGCGUCAUGCUGUCGUGCAUACUGGCCGCCGUGACUUCCUGUGCCCACGCUGUGCACAACGCUUUGGCCGCAGAGACCACCUGACCCGCCACUUGAAGAAAAGCCAUGCCCAGGAGUCAGGGUUGAUGCCACCCUGUACACCCAGCACUCCUGUAGCUACACCGACCCCUGCCCCCCAGUGCCCGGUGAAGGAGGAGCCCAGCCCUGUGCCCUCUGAUAUGGGCUCUGUCUCUAAAGAGCCUAUGGAGACUUACUCCAGGGACAUGUACAACUCCUACUCCAUGGCCAAUCCUGUCCCCGGGUUGAGCCACACUCAUGGCCUCAUGCAAGGCUCCUUGUCCUCAAGCAUGGGUGUGGGUCGCCACAUGGCCCCCCAAUCUUCUCACCCUCACCACCAUCACCUACAGCCCCCGCCAGCUCCGCAGCAGCAGCCCUACAGCAACAUGGCCAGGUACCAGCAUGGAUCUACCUCAUAUCCUCGUGCUGACGUGGACAGUUUCUUGCUGGACCUGCAGAGCGCCCCCCCACCUCACCUGAGUGUGGCCAACUCCUCUACCUCUACCUCUGCCUCCCCUCAGAGGGAGGGUCUGGGUGAAGGGGUGGGUGCUGGCAGUGACCCCCACCUGCUGUCCAGGAGCCCGGCUAUCUCCUCAACCGAGCUGUCCUGCACCACUAACAUGGACCUCGGGCCUCUGCUGGGCUUUUUGCCUUUCAGCCUGCCGCCCUACAGCCCACACAUGGGAAUGGGAGGGUUAGUGAUGAGCUAUCCACCUGCCACCACCACUAAUUCCUCUCCAUCCUCUUCCACUGGGCUGUCCUCCCAGGCUCCAGGGCCUUUUACCUUCUUCCAGCCUCCCCAGGCUCAUGUACCCCAGGGCCCCGGAGCCCACAACCACAGCCAGCUACCUCAGGCAUACAGCAGUUCUGCUAUGAGCACUUCCAGCUCCCUACCUCACUACUACCAGGCCUUUCAGCAGUAAGCAGCUCUGUCCCCACAAAUGUGGCCUUCACACGAGCGAUGGAUUUUUCAUGAAAAGGGUAAAACAUGAGAACGGCAUCUUUAUUGAAAAACAAAUGUGUAACUUUAGUCUGUCAGUUCUAAUUAUGCUAAUCUUAGUUAUUUGUUGAACACAACAAAUCACCUCAUCAGUAUUACCUCAUUAUUUAAAAAGGAAGCUUGAACCUUUGAGGAAAUGUAGAUGAUCUCACUACAACCAAAAUAGAGAAGUACUUUUUUUAAUUUUUUUUUAUCAGACCUGUUACCAACAGUGGAUGCACUUAAUACUUGUCACAGGUGCUGCACAUUGCAGAGAGUCAUCCAGAUAUAGAUUAUAAUGGAAAAUGCUACAGUGUUAGGGAAUAUUUUACCCCGUAAUGUAUUAUGUUUAAAAAAAAAAAUGUCCCCUUCCUUGCUGGACCUAACUUGAGAUUUUCUUAUUUUAGAAUAUUAGAGCAUAAACAGCCUUAAAGAGCAAGGAAAAAGUUGGCUCAAGAUGUACUCUGUUACUGAGUACAUGCACAAAAAGAAAAUUGCAAAUACAAAUUCAACAUCACUACCUGGAUAUGAUAUCUGGUGGUUAACCCCUGAAAAUAUGCAGUCAAGAGCUUGUCGUCCAGCAUUACGCCAACAGAUGUGUCUACAGUAAGUGAAUCAGCACUUACUAAAAACCAGAUUUUUACCUAUCAACCAUUUCAGGUGGUAUAAAUUGAACCCUCUUCUCUCGAAUUUAGAAUUAGGCCUUUAAGAAUUUGGCCUUUUUAAGUGUCAAUAAGGGCAGUCACUAACUGUUAGGUUACUGUGAAGAUAGGCUGCACUUAAUUUUAAGGAUACUGUAAACUCAUACAUCUAUUAUAAGUUGGUGAACAGCCAGUAAAUAACAAUGUGACUGUUACAGGAAUUGAACUGCAAAAGCAAUUGAGUAAAAUCAGAUUCUGACAUUUUUAUGUCCUUUUAUUGGACAAAGCGCAGCUCUUCAAGUAAGAAUUCCACAUUGGAAGGCCGGAGGAUUUUCAGAUAGUUAUCCAAGGUAACAUCAGCAUGGUGACACAAACUCUAAUGCUACUUUUUUGCUGUAUUAUGUAGUAUCAUUAGAUUAAAAUGCACUUAGAUUUCAUUUUCAACAUGGCAAGGUAUGCCAAAUCCCAUAAGGUGGAAUGUUAUUGCUCUAGAACACAGUAGGUACCGUUCAGACAUAGAAGUGUUGCUUAGACGAAAUGGUCUUGAACUCCAUCUAAUCCAAUACAUAUGCAUUUACUGUAAUAUUUAAAAUAGUUCUGUUUGUGAUACACUUAAUGGAAUUCCUGCAACUGGCAACCCAUGGGUGAAUCGGCCUGAAAUUCCUGCCAACUUUUCAAUGGACCCUUCCUAAGUCCCGCCCAUUUUUGCUCUGCUCCAAUAACAGUUGAGCAAACCUCGGUCAGAACCUCGGUCAAAAUGAUCCUUUCCUGUGUUUAGAUAUGUUAUGUGCUAGGCUAAUCUAUGUCUAAGACAAUCCAAAAAAUAAAAUAAAAUACACAUAGUCAGAUCUUAAGUUGGCUAAUGUUAGUAAAAACUUUAGCAAAUUAACUAGCUAACAAUUGAUGUAGAUUAGCUAGCUAGUGUUUUGCUAACAUUAGUUAACUUAAGGUGGAACUACAUAUAUGAAAUGUUUAUCUUUUAACCCUCUUCAAACUGUGGUUGUUUUUUAAACCUAGACAAGCCUAGCAUGUAGAAUAUCUACAGGAAGUCAAUUUUCUUUUUCCAGAAAGUCAUGACACUGGCUCUGAUUGGCUAGUACUUGUUACCUUCAUUGGUUUGGUUGGUUCGGUUUUAACCAUGAGGAGUGAGAUUGGUUAGGGUUAAGUAAGAAUAUCAGGGUAAGCCAAUCAGAGGCAGAGUAUGGCAGGUCAUGUUUUCACCAUCCUGGGUAAAAAAAAAAAAAAUUACAUUUUCAGCAAGUCCUGUGCCUCUCUGUCUGAGCGGGGCCUCAGAGUACUGGCAGCAUCUGUUUGUUGUAUGGCUUUUAAAUCUGUUGAUUCGGCUGUGUUAAAAGGUCAAACAAAACUGUGAAAUGUACACUUGCAGACACUCUGUGCUAACCACUUCACAGAUCUCAGGGUUGCUGCCUGUUCCUUUUUAAAAAACAUAAAAGCGCAUAUUUUUUUCCUAGCUUUAUAGGAAUUAGCCCAAUAACAAUCCCACAGAACCCACAUGUAAAAUAUGCUAUGGCAAUAACAAAGAAACUUUGAACCUGCCUGGUCAUUCAGAACUGUGGCACUGAUAGUCCUGGACGUGUGGCGGAGUUUAUACAGUCCUUACAUCCUUACAGACAUAAAAUGUCCACAUAUCAAAAAAUCAUUCUCCUGAACUGUUACAAGACAGCCAGUUGUGUAGCAUAAAACUAAACCCUAACCUUCAGUAAUCGUCCAUUUCAAAUUCACCUGUAUGCUCACACCUUGUCACAAUAAGGAAUGUAUCAUUCUGGUCAUCAGCCCUCUUCCCCCCUAUUCAUAUUUUCCUCAGUGGCAGGUGGCAACCCUGGCUACAUGACGUGACCUGGGGCAUUGUAAUUUAGGCAAUAGGAAGUUUCAAAGUGCUCCCUGUUUUGUUCUUUUCAAACUGGACCACUGGAUCUCAGCACGUUGUAGCUGUGACCUGCCUGUUGUGAAUUGCUGAAUGGAAUGCAGCAUUAAUUCUACAAAGGCCUUCCAGGGCACUUGUACCCAUUUUCUACCUUUUACUAUGUCACUGUUGGUAUCAGCACCCAUUCCUUGGUUUUGGUUUUGGAAGUUUCUGAUGUAAUUAGAAGUUAAAAAAAAAACGACCCCCACGACCCCCACCCCCACAUCCUGGCCUCCUCUGGGCUGCAGGGGCUCAGGAAAGAUGGAGAGGAGCUGUCAAGAUUCAAGAAUCCCAGAUCCUAAUCAAGCUGCCUUUCUGUAAUGGAUGCUCCACUCAAGAAAUUGGUCAAGUGUAGUGGAGAUGGAGGAGCCCUCCAGCUGGAUGUUGCAAGUGAGUGAUGUGAUUUUGGAAAGAAGAUACUUGGAGAGAGAGCAUCAUCUGAUGCUCUCUCCUGCCUUAAUUCCAUGAACUUUAUGUUGAAGGACUUCUCUAGCAUUGUAACCAGCCUCCCAAGUGUUGCACCAAUGUCUUAAAAUGCUACUGUUGUGCCUCUCAAAGAGUGUGUAAUCUCUUGACUGGGUUUAAGCACUUACAACAUUUCUAGAAAAGGAUCUGUACCUCAAACAUGGAGAACUGUGGAUUUCUGUUUUUAUUUGUAUUUGCUUUCUAGUUAUUUUGGCUCUUACUUGUGCCAUUAGAUUGAAACUAUAAAGGUAGAUUUUAUGAAUCUAAUUUCUUAAUCUAGCGGCAGACAUUGACAUUAUAAUUCAGUCAAACUUUCUACCUCUACCUUGUCAUGUAUCUUUCUGCAAAAAUCAUUAGAAAUAGUGUUAACCUGUAACAAUUAGGCAGUUUUUGUUUUUGUUUUUUCGCCACUGUUGAAGAAUGGGGAAUUUUGUCAGAAUUCAACUUUGAAGGACCGGAUACACACAAGUCCUAGUGGUGUAUUCCAGGGUCAAACAUUGUUCUCUAUACUUGCCUUUAAUGAUAUUUCUACUUAUUUACUACCUCAGAGAAGGGACAGGUGACUGUCCAUCUAACUGCAGAGAAAAUGUCUGUGUAGAGUUUUAUUUUUGUCAGAAGAAGCACAUGUACUUUGUAGCUCAGAUUAGCUCAAUAUAGGAGAUUAGCUCACAGCACAUCAAUGUCUAGAGCAACAAGUACCAGUUCACGCUGUUAUUUGUUGUGUUCCAACGCUGUCACUGCCUCUUCAGUCUGGAAUGUUUUCACCGUUCAUUAAUCUGGGCCUCAGUCUAAAGGAAUUCCACAGUUGCGUGUUGGAAUGUACAGACAACACUUUGGCACUGUGGAUACUCACUCUGAGUGUUUCACCUGAAAGCAUCCUCACUAACCAUUCCAAAUUGAUGUUCCUCUUCUGAGUGAUGCAGAAUUAUCACGAGCAACACCAAACACCUACUGGUUCCAACUUUUGCAGUGUGAUGGUGGCUGCUUUUCUUUUCUAUCAUUGUAAAUCAAAUGCCUUUGUCGCCCUCGUAUCAGACUAAAAAAUGCAAUUUGAACACAUCGUUGUGGGCUCUGGAAAGGAUGACAGACAUUCGUCAUUAUUUUCCAAUUAGCAGAAUGACCCACCCCCACAUAGGGCUUACAUUACAACCCUGUGGCAUUACCUGGACGAGCUGUGGGCACAAAUGUCCACAAAACAGCUGGAGUGGACUUUACCCUGCUAGCUCCCUAGUACAAACUUGUACUAGGUGAGCAGAUGUGUGAAUAGAGACGGUCAUUGUCUGCAAAAUUUGCCACGAGCGAGUGGGCAUGAUGAUGUUGCAUGCUUGCUGCUUCAUACUCUUUAUCUCCUAGUCUGUAUAUUGUAGUAUCGAUAUCAACGCAGAAACGGUAAUCAUUACCAUUUACCCAGGCACCGCCCCUGGCCGAGUAUUUCCAGUAGGUGAGAACAAUCUCCUGGUGUGCUACGUGUGUAAAAGGGCGACUCCUGGCAACUGCUCAGAAUUCAUAUGAAAAAAAUGGCUGUUUUUCCUUCCUUGCCUUCCUGAUCUCGUUCCAAAAACUGUUCUGUUGUCUGAAAUACUCGUACAGAUGUAGAUAACUGCACACACUGUCAACGUUACAGAAGUAGUACAUUCUUUACUUUUUUACUCCACACCUGGCCAGUUGCUGUGAUUCUGUUUUGAAAAUGUACAAAAGUCCUUGGACACAGCUUCCCCUCCCUCGUUAUGAUGUGGAAAAGGUUUCAGGCGCUGUUAGGUUAUCAACAAGCACUUGGUUUGUAGCAUACUGACGCCUCUUAAACUGACCCGUAGUGCCUGUGCAUAUUGUGGCCGCUGUCUUUCAGGAACAAUGGCAGAGGAGGUUGCUAUGAAUUGUGGGUUGACACAUUCUGUCCUUAGCCUUAACCAAAUUAUUUGAGUUGGAAUCGGAAUCAGAAUCAGAAAUACUUUAUUGAUCCCUGGGAGUAAAUUUGUUCACUACAGUUGUUCCACUCACACAAUGUUAAAGAAUAGUACUAAUAGAGGAUCAGACAACAGUAAUUGUUUGUUUGGUGGAAAGCUCUGACAAUUAAUGUCCUGCUAAUCACAGUGCUAGAUCUAAAAAAUUUUAUAGGUAAAAAAAAUCAAUGAAAAAAAUAAUACAAGGGCCUUGAGUCCUUAACAUAAACAUUAUCAGACUGGUACAUGUCUGCUCUUGCUGACAUGUUUGAAGAUGGGAUGGCUUGUCUGUACACCAACACUAAACACAUUCCAGGCUGAACGUAGAGUAGCGGCACAGAGGAUACAGAGGACACCGGGAUUCAUUUCACUAAACCAUGGUUCAGUACUGUCGUGCUGCCUGCAUUGAGGUCGUCUCUGAGAACCACCACGAUGCAGGCUUCACCACCUUUAACUUAGAUAGGUUUUGCAUUAGGUGUUUAUAUUAUCACUUAAUAGAUUAGAAGACAGUGAAAAGAAAAGGAGAUGUCAUUUUCUGAUUGUCUGAGCAUAAAGUAUAACAAAUAAAUCUUUAGAUUUCAA